AUGAAGCCUGCGCUGCUUUUCCAGCUCCUGCUGUUGACUUGCUUAGCACCACAGCUGGUGUCUGGGAGUCCCAAGCAACAUUUUUCGAGGUAUAUCUUGGAACCUCCACCCUGCAGAUCAGACCCUGAAAACUGUACUCAUUUCUGCACAUUGCAGGAAGAUUGCCAUCCAGGAUUUCAGUGCUGUUCUGCCUUCUGUGGCAUAGUCUGUACAUUAAACAAAAAUGUAAACCGUGAAAGACACAAAACCAAGACCUUGAGAAACACCAGGGCUGGCAAGUGAGGCAUGUUUCCCAGAGCAUGUUGUUCCAUAUAAAUUAGCUCCCAAAGAAGACAAGUAUCAUGUCUCUGAUCUCUGAAAUAUCUUCUCAGAUGGAACAAGGCAUAUUUGUG